GUGUAAAGUUAAAAGUUAUCUACUAUUGGAAAGACCUUCAACUUAAUUUUGUUAAUAUUUCAUGGAUAUAUGUUUCUAAGUUUCUAGUAUGUUACAAAAGAUAGUAUUUCUUUUAGCAUUGACUGAUGUGUCUGCGUUUUAUGUACCAGGGGUUGCCCCUUAUGAAUUUAGAGAGGGUGACUUAGUUGAAAUAAAGGCUGUAAAGAUGACAAGUGUAAGAACUCAAAUACCAUAUGAUUAUUAUACUCUGCCGUUUUGUGAACCAGUUUCCAAACACUAUGUUAUUGAGAAUUUAGGUGAGAUACUUCGCGGAGAUCGAAUUGUUAACACUCCAUAUCAGUUCAAAAUAAAUGUAUCUUCUCCAUGUACAAUUCUUUGUGCUAAAAAAACAAUUACAGAAAAAGAAUCAAAUCUUUUUAAGGAAAGAAUUGAAAAUGAUUACUUAGUUCACAUGAUAAUUGAUAAUUUACCAGCUGCUGCAAAAUAUAUAUUUGGCGAUGGAAAGAUUCAAUUUGUUCAUGGUUGGCAACUUGGGAAAUCAACGAAUAAUAAUAUUUUCUUGAACAACCAUUUGAAAUUUAUAAUCAGCUAUAAUAAAGAUACAGAAAAAAAUGUGUUUCGAAUUGUUGGCUUUGAAGUUUAUCCAAGCAGCAUGAGCAAUGUCAUUGUUCUUGAAAAUAAUCAAUGUAAGUUACCUUCUACAGUGGAGCCAUUGUUAUUGAGUAAAAAUGGAGGAGCUGAUGUAUUGUUUACUUACGAACUUUUAUGGGUGUCAAGUGAUGUGCACUGGACUUCUCGCUGGGAUGUUUAUCUUCAAGCAAGAAAUGGUCAGAUUCAUUGGUUUGCCAUUAUUAACUCCGUUGUUAUUGUCAUGUUUCUUUCAGGUAUUCUUGCAAUGAUCAUGGUUCGUACAUUGAGGAGAGACAUAGCAAAUUAUAAUAAAGAUGAUGAUAUUGAAGAAACAUUAGAAGAAACAGGAUGGAAACUUGUUCAUGGAGAUGUAUUUCGCCCUCCAAGAUAUAGUAUGCUCCUUUCUGCAUUAAUUGGCUCUGGGGUCCAGUUAUUUUGUAUGAUUCUUGUAACAAUAGUAUUUGCCAUGUUGGGAGUUUUAUCUCCUGCAAGUCAAGGAAGUCUUAUGAGUGCUAUUAUUUUCCUCUAUGUUUUUAUGGGCGUUAUUGCAGGUUACUACUCAGGAAGAUUAUAUAAAACUCUUAAAGGAAAUCAAUGGAAAAGAGCGGCAUUAUUAACCGGCUUGCUUUAUCCUGGCUUUGUUUGUGCAAUAUCGUUUUUUUUCAACUUGUUUCUUUGGGCAAAGAAUUCUUCAGCAGCUGUUCCAUUUACAACAAUGUUGGCUUUGAUUUGUUUAUGGUUUGGUAUUUCGAUUCCUUUGGUAUUCCUUGGUUAUUUUUUUGGAUACCGAAAAGCACCUUUUUCUCAACCUGUACGAACUAAUCAAAUACCACGUCAAAUUCCAGAUCAAAUGUGGUAUAUGCAUCCUUUUGUUGGAAUGAUUGUUGCUGGUAUACUACCAUUUGGAGCAGUAUUUAUUGAGUUGUUUUUUAUACUAUCAGCUUUAUGGGAUAAUCAAUUCUACUAUCUUUUUGGGUUUUUGUUUUUGGUGUUUGUCAUUGUAUGUUUUUGUUGCUCAGAGAUUGCUGUUGUUAUGAUUUACUUUCAGCUCUGCGAAGAGAAUUACAAUUGGUGGUGGCGAUCUUUUUUAAUGUCUGGAUCUUGUGCUCUCUACGUUUUUUGCUAUUUUGUCUACUAUUUUUUGACUAAGCUUGAUAUAGUAAGCUUUUUCUCUGGUUUGAUGUAUUUUGGAUACUCUAUUGUCAUUGCUUUCUCCUUCUGGGUAAUCACAGGAACUGUCGGCUUUUUUGCGACGUACAUCUUUAUAAGAAACAUUUACAGCUCUGUAAAAAUAGAUUAAUUUUUUAAAAUUUUUGUUUUGUUUUUGAGUUCGAUUUAUUUGUGAUUUAAUUUUUGUUUUGCGAACAAUGAGGGUUUUUAAUUUAAUAUAGUUUUUAGCAGUGCUUUUGAAGCAUGUCUUGUGUCGCUGCUUUUUGGUUCGUUCUCCAACAGUUUUUUCAUUUUUUUUUUUUUUUCUUUUUUAUUUGGAAUGUUUGUGUAUUUAUAUUGAUUCUAUUUAUAGCAGUAAAUUUGUUAUCCUUUUUCCAAAUUGAAAUUUGAGGGUGUCCUCUUUUUACAGGCAGUAAUUUUUCUAAUCUAAA